AUGGUAUCAACAAACACCGCCGAUGGAUUCACGGUCCCUAGCCCGAGGAGAUCUGCUCGUUUGGCAACCGUGGAGCCUUUGAGUCCACAAAAGAAGAAGCCGAUGAGUCCUACUGAGAAGAGAGCUCACGACUUGAGGAACACACCUCGCGAGGACAUGGAGUUGGACGUGGACGUUGCUGACAAGGAGAAUACGGCUGCGGUUGGGACGAACAAUAGUGCAGCUCGUGAGAUGGACUGGGAUGGACCUACUCAAAACCUGUCUGGGCAGGUUGGUCUCACCAACUUCCUGGGUGUAGGCACCCAGGAGGCCUGUGAAUUAGAGUUUGGGGAUAUCUCACCCUCAGACUUGAGUGCAGAGCACCUGGGCAUCCUGGCUCAGAUGGUCCAUGUGAACAACCAAAUUCAUAUCUCCCUUUCUGCUGGUUCUUCUUUGCAGUCAUCAACCCCGCUGCAACCAGGCUCUCCUCCCAAGACUCCCACUUCGCCGAAACAACCUAAGAGUCCCAAGAAGAGCAAGGGGAAACAGAAGGAAACGUCGCCGGCCCCUAGCGUAGAAAAUAGCAUUGGGUUCAGCCCUCUGUCUGAGUCUCACACUGACCAGCUGCCGGUGACCUCAACUCCGGCCGCUCACACUGGCGAGGUCAUGGGAUUCGACUUCAGCUCUCUUGGCCAGUCAAAGAAGGCACUGCCCAGCGACUUGGAGGCUCUCGUCAACAAACUGGUCCCGAUGGGAACGUCUACAAAGGUCACUGGCUCCAUCAACAAGGAGGCUGCUCCAGUUGAGUCAAACUCCGCUCGUCAUCCGCCAGCCCCAGUAACUCAAAAAAAACAAGUCAGCUUGUUUAUGCCCAACUUCCUCUCAAAUCAGGUCCGCCACAAUCUUCCGUCAAAAACUCAGACGUUGGCUCAAUUGGACCGUGAAAUGAAAACAAUGCAACUUCCAGACGAGGCUGCAAUGGCUUUGAUGAAUGUGAAGGAACUCCAAAAGAUGAAGGAAUCUUUAAAAAAGGUCGCCGACGCACAAUUACUUGCUUUCAAGGAAAUGAAGAGUGCUAGUGGAAUGGUAGCUUUCCCUGGGGUGCUAGACGGUUUGAUGAAGAACGCUCGGUACAUCACACGCUUCAUGAACCAUCUCGAGGAUAAGGUAUUAGAGGCAUCACGCGACGGAAGACAGGAAAUUGAGGUCAUUGAGAUCUCAGACGGUGAGGGUGAAGAAGUGAGCAUCAUGCCACGUAGAAGGUCGGUUGCAGAACUCAAGGACUUCAUGAGGCCGGGAUUGGUUCGAUUGCCAUCACAUCUCAAUCCUCCAACAAAAAGAUCCGCCUCAUCAAGCUCGCUCAGUCAGAACAUGAAUAAGCGGGCUAAGUCUCAAGAUAUCCUCUUGGCUUCAGACUCGUCAAGCACUGGGAACUCGUACCUGGCGGACUUGGUGCCCCAGUUUGAACCUGGGGCUCAGAAAACGGUGACCCAAUUGGAAAUGGAACGUCGCGAAUUGGCUGCAAUUCAAGAGCAGGAAAUCAUCCAGGAAUCCAACGCUUCGACUCCGCCGCCCUACAACAAUUCAGCUAAGGGAUUCGCUGAUCCUUUAGCUGCAGCAAAGGCAGCUUUUCACAGGGAAAGAAGGAGGGCUGCUGCUGAGGCUGCUCUGGCAGCUGAUCUCGCGGAAGCUGCUACGAUUCCACCGCCACCAGUUCCGGCAUCCACUUUGACAACUAAUUCUGCCACAGUCCCUGCUUCUGGACCAGCUCAAUCUGUCGCACCAAUUCCGGCUAGUUCUCAGUCUGCUCCACCGGCCGCUGCCUCUGCCUCUCAAUCAACAGAUGCUCCAAGGGGCCCAGCCCAGUCCACUGCACCAACCCCUGCCGCCUCUCAGUCUGCUCCAGGCCAGACCACUACUGCUCAAGAACCAGCACCUAGUCAGCCAGACAACUCUCAAAAGACAGCACCAGAGGCAGGCACCAAGAAGGGAAAGGGCAAAGGGAAAGGGAAGGAGGCUGUUCCAGAACAACCGCCAAAGAAACUUCGCAAGGACAUGACUGCAGAGGAAAAAAAACGGACGACGAGAGAAAGGAGAAGGCAAAGUAUUUGGGACAUGAGCAAGGUCAUGGCCUCGGCUGACCAGUACCAGCGAAUGAUUGACAAUUCAAAGUGCACUCGUUGGGACUUUGGACCGGAACUCUUGCUAAAGGUGCGACAAAUGAUCGAAUGGUCGAAAAACAAUACUUAUCGGGAAUCAUUCUAUACGCGCAAGGACCUGUUCCAACUCGAAAGUUCAACAGUCCAAGUCCUCGGGGUGCUUUCGGGCAGGCAAUACAAAUCUUGUCUUCAUAAAGCGGUUAGGCUCUUUCAGGUCGAUGCGGAAGAUCCCUUCUGGAAACCUGCAGUGGUCAACUUCAAACUGCUGAAAGAGGGAUUCGAAUCGAAAGAAGAUGACAAGGCUCAUGCGUGGUCAGUCAUAGGGUCAAUGAUGUGCCGGAUGGACGAUUCUCACGAGUUUACACCAGAUGGGCCAACAUCAAAAUUGAUCUCCUAUGGACAAUCACGGCUGGCGACAUUGGCGGCCGACUCGUACAACCAGCUGCACAAGUUUACUGUCAUGGGCGAACCACAAGCAGAAACUGGCAAUAAGGAGGACGACAUGCUAGCUUCGAUGUCUAAUGCCGGCAAGUACAUCAUUGGGAAAAUUAGGUGCCUCAAGGCAGGCGCGGCACAGACAACCGGGUCCAACUCACGUGCGGGGAACGGCUUCUUGGUAAUUCAAAGACGGAUCUGGGAAACACUUCUUUGUAUCCUCAUGAUGCAGCAGUCUCGUUUUCUGGAGGAAUGCGCAACGCUGAAGGCAGGCCACAUUUGGGAAGAUGAGGUCGCCAAGCUAACAGAGGACAUGGUAGCCAACGACCGCGGACGAUCAAUCUUUGACAAAGGUGAUAUCACCACAGAAUUGACAGACAAGCAGAGAAAGGAUUGGGGUAAACUUCGACUCGGAGCUGCAUACAAUCAGAAGGAUGUUUGGUCUCUGGUAAUGCUCGCUCACGCUAGACACGAAUACUUGUACACGGAUGGACGAUACGCUCUCAGGGCCCCCGAGUGCACCCCCUGGUACACAACCGACAGCUUCAUCCGUUUCGUACUCCGCUCGGCUAAUGUCACCCAAAGUGAUCCCUUCAAGAUGGACUGGGACAUUGCUCCCCGAACUUUCAACAAGUGGGUCACCGAUGAGAAUAUCGCACGAUUCGCUUUACACGAUAUCCUGAGGGAGUGCAACUUGCCCGGUUGA